AGCUGCCGGCCCACAACUUAAUCUUGGUGAUAAAUAACUCGCUCGCAUUCAGUUCAGUGUUCAUAAAACCUUGGAUCAUCCUUAUAACAGCCUCAGUCAUGUUGGUCAUCGGAGCUUUACGAAGGACUCAAUGGACUACAUUAAGACGUAGUGUUAUUCACUUUCGGCAUCCGAAAUCCCACACCUUGCCACUGAAGCAAAAUAGUCAGUUAUGGGGCUUAAUUGACUUGGCCGCGGUCAAGGUAAGACGUAGUUCUACAACAGGCCCAGCAGGAUACGCAUACUCAGAAAGGUUUUGCUUGUAUCACGCGGGCACACCCAGAAUCACAUUCUUAGGCUACCUGAAACUGUCAACUAUAUUCCUAUUUGUCUUCUUCGGUCUCGUUGUCACGCCAGCAUACUACGAUAAAGAAGGAUUCUCUCUUACUGUACUACGAACAUCUGUUACAGCUAUUGCUCCCCUCAUCUUCGUCCAGUACUCCACCUCCCCCUUCGUUUCCUGUAUCCACGUGAGGCUGCCAGGAAUCGCACGGCGGUCAGAGGAGGCGCUGCGGCGGUACCUGCAGGGUCUGUCUGCAGAUGCGGAGCUGGCCAUCACGACCACGAGCUUAAUCGCCAAGCCGCGUGUCUCCUACGUGCGCCUUAGAGACCUACAGCCUGUGCGCCGACGCUUCGGCAUAGUCUCGCUCUCCCGUGACCCCACAGCUGAGAAUGCAGCCAGGAAAUGGUACAUGUUCCGCGCUGUCCGCGAUUUCAACACUCAGCUCAACGCUGCGCCACCCGUUCCCUGGGCCUGGGACAUUGUCAUGGGUAUCAUCAAGAGGCAAAGCCAGCGUGUGUGAAGGAGAUAAUUUCCAAUGCUAUGUGGUGAGAAGAAAGUGAUUUCCAAAUGUCAUUCACAUAACCUACUAGCAAUUAAUGCGUAUGGGCCUACUAGUCACCUAUGUAGUGUGCACAGAAAAAAAGUGAAGGCAAAAAGGGGCAAGCCACUUAACGGACAAUACUUCAAAGUUAGGGUAAUAUAUCUACCUAGCUACUAUCAUUGAUGUAACUACUUGACGUACUUACCUACCUAGGGCCUAAGUAGGUAAUGUAUGCACUAUAUCAUAGAUAGGGUACUAAGUUGGGCUAUGCAGUUUGAUGCAAGUGGGAAAAGGAGGGGUGCUUAUCUGCGAUAAAAGCUACAUAGACAUAGUGCGUAGUUACAUAAACGGCGAUAUCGCUGCUGAUCC